CUCGGUGCCCCGCCCCCUCUUCCCUCCCCUCCGCCCCGCCCCGCCCCGCCCCCUCCCCCGGCGGGCACUGGCGGAGCGCGGCUUGAGCCGCUGCCACGCACCGGGCGCUGCUGAGGUGACAUGUAACUUCCUGUUUAUAAGCAUAUUCAUAAGGAAUGCUCUUGGCACACCUUGAUAAGCUUCUUUGGCCAAAACAGUGGUUGCUUCUUGUAAAAUACCUAAAUGGCAGCACAGAAAAGGAAGUCUACACUACUAGAACCUUCUGCUAAACGUCCAAAGCUGGAUAAGAACAGCAAUUUAGCUUCAACAAAGAAAGAAAGAGAGGUUUCAGGUACAAAGCAUGUCUCAAAGAAGUCCAAGCCAAAUAAAGCUGCAGUGCAAGAGAAAACACUCAAAACACCUACCAAACUAAACAGGUUGGUGGUAAGUAAAGACGACAAAAAUUGUGCUAUGCUUUCUUCCCACACUAAACCGGUGCAGAAACAACCUAAACAGAGUGAAAUUGACUUAAACAGAAGAUCCUGUAAAAUAGGACCUGUCAGAAGAUCAACUCUAAAAUCUUUAAGUAUGGUAUCUUGUACAAAGUCACCCUCCAAAACUUCAAAAAUGAACCAUACUAGUUUCUUGAAAUCUGCAAAGACCUCUUCCAAAACAAGUCCUGAGGGAAAGAAUAAAUUGAAUUCUACGCAAGGAAAGGUCUCUGAAAGCAAGAGACAGCAGCAAUUAAAAACAGUUUCAAAUGAUAAAAAGCAUUCAUCUGAAACCCAGAGUAGUAGACGUCCUGUCUUGCAGUGUGUAAAAACAUUAAAUACAGCACUUCGAAGAAAUCACGUAGAAAUGAAAUCUGUUAAAGACCAUUCUAAAGAAAAUACGUCUUCUAAAAGCUCUAAAGAUGUAAAAACUGAUAGAGAUUUAGAAAUAGAUGUUAAGGGUACUAAAAAGAAUCUUGCAAAAAAAUUGUCUUCUCAAGAAGCUGAAAAACAGUUGGAUAAUUCUGUUAGUGGUAACACAGAUGUACCUGAAUUAGGGAUGCGUAUGACUACAAGAUCUUCAAGCACCACCUCUAACAAUAAAAACGUACAGCAACAACCAAAAGCCACAAUAAAUAAGGAAGUGUGCCAGAAAAAAUCUAUGAAAGAAAUUUCUAAGUCAAAAAGUACAGUCACCCCAAGUGAACAACAGAUGAGGAGGUCACAGAGAUUGCAGCAGUUAUCAGAAGUGCCAGCAAGAUCACUGCGUAACAGAGACAUUAAAGAAGGAAAAGUUUCAGAAACAAAACAAGGCACCCAGACGAAAAAAUAUGAUCAAGGUGUUGAAGUUGAAACACUUAAACCUGGUAAGCAGAAAAAUGUAAAAAUAAAACCUGAUUGUACAAAUGAAGAUGGAAAAAUACUUACAGAAAAAACUAGCUCUCCAAAAGAGAGUAAACUUAAAAUAGACCAUAAAAACAACGAUACCAGUAGUUCCCAACAUAGCCAUCAGGGCUCAAGGUCACUUAUGGAUAAUAAUCUUCAGCAAGAAGUUAAGAAAAAAAAGCCAAACACAGUGUCUCCUGUUUCUUGCCAUGUGAAAAAAGUAGAUGUGGUAAGCCCUUUUAGACCAACUUCUGUGACAGAAAAUAAGGAAAAGCAACCUGUGCAUCAGAAUGGAAAAAGCAGUGUAAAAGUUAAGAGAGUUUCACAGCCACGAGCAAGCGAAGCAGAUCAAACCCAUCAGCCAGAGAACGCUGAGAAGUCCAAACGUGUAAGCAUCCUCGAACUCUGUGAAGAAAUUGCAGGUGAGAUUGAGUCAGACACUGUUGAGGUAAAAAGAGAUUCUCCUAACACUGAGCAUGAAAAAAGAGAAGAGAAGUAUGCAGAAGAACAGCUGCGACAGACUGAAAUACUUACUCAGAAGGAACCCAAUCAAAGCACUCAGUGCAAGAGGUUCUUCCCUAGCAAAAAAGGAAUGCCUGUCAAAUGUACACUGAAUGGCAGAAAUAAUUCCACAAACAAAAACUCUAAGUGGACCAAAAUUAAACUUUUGAAAGCUAAUCAUAUGAAGCAAAGUAACUUAAAAUCUGCAAGUGUUUCCACACUUGGUUUGUUAAAAAUGAAAUCUACAGUUGCAGAGAUGAGUCAAGUGCGAACUAUGGAAACGCAGCUUUCAAAAACUCCAGUCAAAUUGCCAAUGACAAAAGCAUGUGAGGAUGAAAGUAAAACUUGUUUGCAGGAGAAAUUGGAAGUUCCUUCUGAAAGAGUUAAAGCUAAAGAUGUGACAUCAGAAGCAAAACAACCCACAAAAAGAGCUGCUGAAAAUGGCUUGGAUAAUUCAACAAAGCAAUGUCCUGAGCCAGCCCCAGAUGAGAGUUUCAGCCUGCAUUUGGAUUCAAGCCCAGAAAGUUCUCCAGCAAAAAGUAUUGCAGGACCUCCAGCACCAAAACAAGCCAAGAAAGAGGCAGGAGAGUGUCAAUCUCAAGGUUUGGCUCCCAAGCAGUUGGUGCGUGCUUUAUUCACAAAUCAAACAUCUGAGACUAAUGAGAACAGGGUCCCUUUGCCAAAUCAUACAUUAACACCAAGGUGCAGUAGUGUACUAUCAGAAGAGCAUAUUCAGAAAUUAAAAGAAGCAGGAAAAGAUGGUGAUAAGCAGCUGAUAAUUGAUGCAGGACAAAAGAGAUUUGGCGCUAUUUCCUGCAAUAUUUGUGGAAUGCUUUAUACUGCAUCAAAUCCGGAGGAUGAAACUCAACAUCUGCUGUUUCACAACCAAUUCAUUAGUGCUGUAAAAUAUGUGGGAUGGAAAAAGGAGAGAAUUUUGGCUGAGUACCCUGAUGGCAAAAUAAUAAUGGUUCUUCCUGAUGAUCCAAAAUAUGCACUUAAAAAGGUUGAAGAGAUUAGAGAAAUGGUAGACAAUGACUUGGGGUUUCAACAAGCUCCACUUAUGUGCUAUUCUAGAACAAAGACACUUCUCUUUAUUUCUAAUGACAAAAAAGUGAUUGGAUGUUUAAUUGCUGAGCAUAUACAGUGGGGCUAUCGAGUUAUAGAAGAGAAGAUUCCAGAAGCUAGCUCAGAAAAUGACAAAGUCACAUUCGAAAGGCAAAAAGCCUGGUGCUGCUCAACUUCUCCUGAGCCUGCAAUCUGUGGGAUUAGUCGAAUUUGGGUGUUCAGCAUGAUGCGCCGGAAGAAAAUUGCUUCUCGGAUGAUAGAAUGUCUUAGGAAGAGAAAUAACUUAAAUCUGGAUCUGCCUCUUUGCACUAACUGCUCGGAUAUUGACUUCACUUGUUUUUUUGAGAACAGGUAGGUUGGAAAAAAAAAUGUUUACAAUUUAAGUGGUACCUGAUUCUCCCUUAUUUGUUCUGGACUAUUUCAGGCAGGUUACUGUUGAGAUCCAAAAUCAUCAAAAAUUCUGAUUUUGUGGCAUUUGUGUUGGAAAGAAGCUCAAGUAGCUAACUUGGGGUGUGGAUUAUGGUAGCAAGGCUUUUAAAAGUUAGGCCUUUUACUGUUAAGCAUUGCAGUGCCAAAGUCCCUCCCAGGAAAGAACCAGCCAGUUUCUAAACUUUUUUUUAAUACAAGGGUUAGAAAGUUGUUUUCAGAACCUGGGAGUAUCAAAGGCACCAUCAAAUGAGUAUGUGCAUUUGAUAAUUGGACUUUGAUUUUAAUUUUAGAAAGUUUGUGAUAUUUAGUACUUCUCCAUUAAGCUGCUGUAAAUGUUUUUUUUUAUUAGGAUCUAAAAAAGGUUACUCCCCAGACAACACCGAAAAGCUCUUUCAGUUUACAUUUCUAACUUAUUUACAGGAUACAGUUACCUUAGCGGACUAAAGCCAAAUCAAAGAUAAUGGAAAAAUCCUCAACAGUCCUUGAAUUCACUGUCUUUGACCUGUUUCACUAGCUUAAUUCUAGCUUUGACACCCUCCCAACAGACCUGCAUUCCAAAAUAAGAAAAAAAAAAUCUGUGUAAGAUCUCUUUGAGCCAUAUAGGAGCCCAACUAGUUACAUGGUCGUAAAUGUCAGUCAGAAGAUAACUGUUAAACUUCUUUAAGAAUAAAGCAGUUGGAACAUCAGCAUACAUUGGGCACUGCUGCAGUAUAAGUGUAAAAAAUGGAAGAUGUGCAGAUUCUAUUGUAUUCUCUUCUAGUGGGUGUUUCAGGUGCGUUCACUACCAAGACUAGUAACACAAUUGAAGUCCACAAAACUUCUCUGGUGAAUGAAAUCAAGCUCUUUUGAAAUCCUCUCCCUCACUUUUUUUCAUAGACUCAACACAUUUUGACUGAAAUCUUACUUUUUUGAUCUAGAGGUUAAUGCAUUCUACCUUAAUCUGCAAGCAGGUAUAAUAACCUGGACAUUUUAUAGAUUAGUCCCUUGGUAUCUCUUUAACAAGAGCUUUUCUUCUGACUGUUGAAGUUGCUUUCAGUUAAGGUCUUGGAGAGCUCCAGAUGUCCAUAAACCGAAGUCCACCAAAAAUAUAUCUGGUAAAAUAGAAAAAGUUUUGAUAUCCUGAACUUGUUUUUCCCCAAGGUAAAAAGGGAGGAGAAAACACUUUCAGGCCAUUGUCUUACUUUGUCAAACAAAAGGUUAUAGAGUCAUUUAUGAUAAACAUCUUGAAAGUAUCUUAUCUAUUAUGUACAUUAAUAUGCUGUGUUCUUAAACAUUCUGAAUCCGUUGAUGUACUUUUACCCCAGUACCAAGUGGUGUCUUGGACCAUCAUUUCUACUCAGUCUUCACACAACUCAGGAAUUGCCUGCUGCCAGUUGUUUGUAGCUCAGAACCCUGGUAUUUCUGGUAGUUUUAAUUGCAGAACACAAGUAUUUUCCUCCACUUAAUCAGACGGUACUUAGAAUACAAUGCUAAAUCCAUUCUAAAAUGAAUACAAUGAUUCUUUUUUUACAGCUCAUAGGAAAUAGCAUUGAUAGAUACAUUCAGUAUCAAGACUAGUAACACCGUUGAAGUCCAUAAAACUUCUGUACAGAUUAAUUAAAUCAAACUCUCUUUUGAAAUAUUUUCCCUCAUUUU